AGCGAGCCUGAAGUGGGUGCUGCCCUUGUGGCUGAGCCUCAAAAGGUAAAAAAGGAAGAAAGGGAAGAGCGAGAUGAGGAGGAGGAAGAUGAAGGAAAGAAAUCUUCCAAGCAUAAGAAGAAAAAGCACAAGAAAGAGAAAGAAGAGAAAUCCAAGGAUAAAAAGAAAUCCAAAAAGAAGAGUCAUCACAGCGAGGAGGAGACAACCGAGUCGGUGCAGAAUGGAACACUGGAUGAUGAACCGCUGCCGCCUAUGUCCAGUUACCGCCUUCUUGCUGAAAAUCCGUACAUUAAAAUGACCUAUGAUAUUCAAGGAAACCUCCAGAAUGAUAGUCAAGUGACUGUCUCUGUUAUCUUUGAGAACAAAAGCACUAGCUUCCUUAAGAGCAUGGAACUAAAUGUCCUGGACUCUCUCAACACUAAAAUGCUCCGACCAGAAGGAUCGUCAGUUCACGAUGGCACACCUGUGCCCUUCCAGCUGCCCCCGGGAAUCUCCAAUGAAGCCCAGUUUGUGUUUACACUUCAGAGUAUUGUUAUGGCUCAGAAGUUAAAAGGAACGCUGUCCUUUAUAGUCAAAAACGAUGAAGGUUCAACCCAUGAAAAACUAGAUUUCAAAUUGCACUUCAGUUGCGCUUCAUACUUGAUCACGACGCCUUGCUAUAGUGAUGCUUUUGCCAAGCUCCUAGAGUCUGGAGAUCUGCACAUGAGUUCUAUUAAAGUAGAUGGAAUUAGCAUUUCUUUCCAACAUCUACUGGCAAAGAUCUGUUUUCAUCAUCACUUUUCCGUUGUGGAGCGCGUCGAUUCGUGUGCGUCCAUGUACAGUCGUUCUAUCCAAGGCCAUCACGUCUGCCUACUGGUAAAAAAGGGAGAGAACUCUGUAUCCAUAGAUGGGAAAUGUAACGAUUCCACCCUGCUUAGCAACUUGUUGGAUGAGAUGAAAGAGACAUUGUCCAAGUGCUGAAUAUUCCUUAUCAAAUAUUCCAGCUAUGAGAAACACACCCAAUGUGUAAAGGCGAGCAGACCCAAGUGUUAAGUUUCUCCCUCGUACGCAUGUACUAUCCUGGGGCACGUGCUUUUCAGUUAACUCCACCAUUGUUCGCAGUUUAGACAUUUUAAGGCUGUAUGUUACCUUUUUAUUUCAAAACUUUUUACAAACUGUGGUGUUAACCCUUUCUAGCCCAAAGAGAUCCUGGUGACAUGACUGGAGGAGGGAGGGAGGGGGGGGGGGGGGCUAUUUAUUCAGCAGCUCACG